AUGGAGGAUCACGGAUACGGUAACAGUGUGUCUCAUGGUGUCUUUACUGGAGCAGAUAUGGACGGACAAGCCGUGAAAACGACAUACACACCGAAAGCCUUCAAACAACCAACAGCCAACGGAACAACGGUUCCGAAACGGAAACGAGUCAUGGAUUCUAGACAGAGAAUGGCGGCCAACAUCAGAGAGAGACGCCGCAUGGUAGAAAUCCGUAAGGCGUUCGACAGCUUGGCCCGACGGUUGCCACCCACCAUCAUAUCUCGCCGGAAGAAACUCUCCCGCAUGGAGAUUUUACAUCUGUCCGCAGUGUACAUCGCCAUGAUGACAAAAAUGCUGCUCAACGACGACCAAGAAAAAAGUCUUCAGCAUAUGCAUUAA